GUGAAUGCAGUCAUGUCUUGAUUYUCCUCUUACUGUAAUGUAUAGUGAGAGAAAAUAACAAAAUGGACUUAAAUUUACAACUCUACGGCUUGGUUUAGCUUUCCCGUAUAUCAAAAAAACCUUCAGGGUUGACAGUGCCAACCAAAAUCGCCCCAACAUAAGGGAUCUUUACUUGGAACAAAUGAAGACAUCCAAGUGGAUCGCCAUCAUAGCAUUGGUAUCAGCUUGUUUAGUUCCUGUUAGAACAAUCGAGGUUUACAAACCUGGMAAAAAUGGGAAGUCUUCAUGGCAGGAAUCUUCUCAAAUGCGAGAUAGAUCUGUUGUGCCAACACCUUCYCUUCAYGAUAAAAUAKCAUAUUACAGAAGAAGAUCAAAAAUUCCUGUUCCUGAUGUAAAAGCAUUCAGAACGAGAUCACACAUACCAGUCCCUGAAUCAAGCAGUUACAGAUCUCCGUCCGAUGACAUCCCAAGGCCAUCAGUGAAAGAUAUUGAAGAAGACUACAGACGACGAUCCGGAAUCCCAUUUCCUGAAAAGAUAAACCCGUUAAAUAGACGAGCUGCUGCCGGUCGCAGAUAUUAUAAUCAAAAGAAGAAUCUUAUUAACAGAAUUUUAUUUUCUCUGCCAAUUGGUGCGCAGUUUCCAAUAUACUUUUCGUCACAAGGUCCAUCAAGGAAAGGGACCAACAAAAAGAGUGACGUAGCUAUACCAGUCCGACGUUAUAGAUUACCAUACAGAAUGCAGACAUGGGSACUUCCUAAAGCAUUACAAAGUAAGAGAUAUCCGAUGCCAUAUAUCGAGCAUCGUGCAAUAGCAAGACAACAGAUAGCACCUAGACAAGGUUUUACAUCAGAGUCUCUCAGGAGAUAUUAUACACCUAGGCCAUUCUCUACAUCUCAGUUACUAAGCAACAGAAAUAUAAUAGCAUUAAAUCAGAGAAAUCGUCCAUAUUUAGUGCCACAAUCGCGGUAUUUUUUAAAUAGAAUUACACGUCGUGAUAGUCCUGUAGAGAAGAUGAAUUCAAAAGAUGUAGAACAAGCAAGGAAAGCGGUAAUAAAUAAAGAUCGUCAGCGCAUGCGCUUGGAUGAUGAUGAGCUCGAUAACGUAAACGCCAGUCAUAACAAGGAAGAACCCAUUUCUAAAGAUAUUGAAAAUGUUAUAACAAAACUACUAAUAAUGAUCUAGUUAUGAUAUGCCCGCUCUUGCUGAUUUAAGCUCAUCAAAUGUAAACUUCGUAAAAUAUUUAAUGUAUAUAUAUUUAUAUGAUAUCAAAGAGGCAAGAUUUUGCUGUAACUCCGAGUUUCGUGCUACGCACUCAUCAGACAGUAUUUAAUGAUAAACAUUCCUGUAAUCUAGAUAUAUAUACAUGGUAUAGAACAAAAGGCUAAGUGCUAGGCCAUUUACACACAAUACGUGAAAGUUAUGCUAGAAACAAUAGGUGUGAAGGUAAAAAUUACAAAGGAGAGUACUGUAUACUAUUAGCACGAAAAUAGUAGCACGAAACUCGGAGUUACAGCAAAAUCUUGCCUCUUUGAUAUCAUAUAUAUAACUAGCUCUACACUUUAUG